UGCGGCUCUUCUAGGGUUCUUUCAAAACCCUCUCUCGUCCCUCUUCGCCACUCUCUCUCUCUCUCUCUCUCUCUCUCUCUCUAGCGCGCGCCCAAAUUCUAUUGAAACCCUAACACAAUCUUAUCGUCCUCGUCCUCUCUUCUUCCCCAAUUCGCCGAUCUUUGGUGCUUGUGAGGUGGGGGAGGGACCGGGGAAAGGGGAUGGCUUCGUCGGCGGAUCUGACGCGGGGGGCGGUGGCGGCGAUCUCCGAGGGGGGCGCCGAGGGGAUGCGCCCCGUGCUGCAGGUGUGGGAUCUGAGGCUGGUGAACACGGCGCAGAGCACGACGGAGAGGUACCGGAUGCUUCUCUCCGACGGAGUCCACAUGCAGCAGGCGAUGCUCGCCACGCAGAUGAACGGCAUCGUCAAGUCCGGUUCGCUCCAGAAGGGAUCCAUCGUGCAGCUUAAUGAGUACAUCUGUAAUGUUAUCCAAGGCCGAAGGAUCAUAAUUAUCAUAAACCUGGAGGUCCUACGUGGUGAAAGUGAGAUGAUUGGGAACCCAAAAACCUACGAUAAUAAUGCCACUUCUGCUUCACAAAACCGAGCUCCUGUGUCUGCUCUGCCGUCAACUGUUGAUCAACCCAGUAAAGCUACUAUAAAUCCUCAACCCUUUGCUGGGUCCCACUCUAGCGGCCCAAAUGCUAUGGGUGGUGGAGCUUCUGUUAUUCCGAAACCAGAGCCUGUUAUGAAUAAUCCAUCAUAUGGUGGGAGUGGGAUGUAUGGCAGUGGAUCCAUGCAGGGAAGGAACACGGCAAAUACCAAUAACACGCAUGCAAUUAGUGGAAAUCAAAAUCAAACAUUUUCUAAUGCCGGGCCGGGUGGACAGUUUCGCCCUCCGGGUAGUACUUAUAGCCGGCCAGCGCUGCCCACGUACCAGCAACCUCCUUCAAUGUAUGUAAACAGAGGACCCAUUGCUAAAAAUGAAGCCCCUGCUAGGAUUAUUCCUAUUGCUGCUCUAAACCCUUACCAGGGUAGGUGGACUAUUAAAGCUAGGGUUACAGCAAAAACUGAGCUCCGCCGCUAUAACAACCCUAGGGGGGAGGGCAAGGUCUUUUCUUUUGAUCUCCUCGAUUCUGAUGGGGGAGAAAUUCGUGUUACUUGCUUUAACACGGUAGCUGAUCAGUUCUAUGACCAGAUUGAGGCUGGAAGAGUGUAUUUGAUAUCUAAAGGAAGUUUAAGGCCUGCACAGAAAACCUUCAAUCAUUUAAACAAUGAUUACGAAAUAUUUCUAGACUCUACAUCGACUGUCCAACCUUGUGUAGAGGAGGAUAAUUCUAUUCCAAAGCAGCAGUUUAAUUUUCGUCCGGUGAGUGAAAUUGAAUCCCUAGAAAGCAAUUCAAUGGUGGAUGUGAUCGGUGUAGUUUCAUCAAUAACUCCAGCUGCUACUAUAAUGAGGAAGAAUGGCACUGAAACCCAGAAAAGGACUCUGCAACUGAAGGACAUGUCUGGUCGCAGCGUGGAAAUCACGUUGUGGGGAAACUUUUGCAACACUGAAGGCCAGUGCAUGCAGACUAUGUGUGACUCAGGUGUAUUUCCUGUAUUGGCUGUGAAAGCUGGUAGAGUCAGUGAUUUUGGAGGUAAAUCAGUUGGGACAAUAAGCACGAGUCAGUUAUUUAUUGACCCAGAUUUUUCAGAAGCACAGAGAUUGAAGGAGUGGUAUAACAGAGAAGGUAAGAACACGGCUUCCCUUUCUAUAUCUAGAGAUACAUCAACUAUGGGAAGGACAGACACUCGUAAAACUGUUUCGCAAAUUAAGGAUGAAGGUUUAGGGAGAUCUGAAAAGCCUGAUUGGAUAACUAUUAAAGCGACCGUUACAUUUAUAAAGACUGAUAAUUUCUGUUACACUGCUUGCCCGCUGAUGGUAGGGGAUAGGCACUGCAACAAAAAGGUGAAUAAUAACGGUGAUGGCACGUGGCACUGUGACCGCUGCGAUCAGAGUUUUCCAGAAUGUGAUUAUAGAUACCUACUUCAGUUUCAGAUUCAGGAUCACACUGGCACGACUUGGGUUACAGCUUUUCAAGAAGCCGGUGAAGAGCUUAUGGGCGUUCCAGCGAAGGAGUUAUACUUGGUGAAAUACGAAGAACAGGAUGAUGUGAAGUUCUCUGAUAUUAUUCGUAAUGUUUCCUUUAAUCAGUAUCUGUUCAAGUUAAAGGUCAAAGAAGAGACAUUUAGUGAGGAGCAACGUGUUAAAUCAACUGUUAUUAAGGCUGAAAAAAUCAACCCUUCGUCAGAGAGCCGGUAUCUUCUGGGACUGAUCGAGAAGUUUUCUAAUGAAGAUUCAAAUGCAGCUUCACGGAUCCAUGGGAAUCCAAAUUUUGCUUCUGGUUCCGGUAUUACUAUGGAUGUCAAGCCUAAUAUACAUCCUGCAACCAACAAUGUCGGCGUGAAUAUUGGUAUGAAUCAGCUAGGCCAGACUAUGAACCAAUAUGGAGGCAUUAUGAAUCACAAUAUUGGGGCUAGGGAAUUAUGUAAUAACUGUGGAUCACCUGGUCACAAUUCCCUGAACUGCCCAAUGAGCAUAAGUCGGCAAGGACAGUCUUUUGGUGGGAAUUUUGCCAAUAGGCCCAGCAAUGAUUCCAAUACUUGCUUUAAAUGCCAACAACCUGGGCAUUGGGCUAGAGAUUGUCCCGGUGUAGGUGCUGCAGGUUCAGCUUACGGAGGUGGAAAUGUAUCAGGGAGAUACGCUAACCAGUAUGUUGGUGGUUAUUGAAACGCCUUCGCUGAGGUUCUCUUUCUUUCUAAUGCCUUUUAGUAUUUGUGUAUAGUGGUGCUAAAUGCCUGCUUUGUUCGCUAGUUUUGUUUGAGGUUCAGUUUCAAACUGAACUUCAACUAGUGCCUUUUGCUGAAUGCUGAUCUAUUAUAAGGAUGCUUUGUGUUUAUGGUAUUCUACUAUGCUUUUGUUUUGGUUGAAUGUACAUAUUCCUUUUCCUUAUCA